AUGUCCGACGACGAGGUUGACACUGAGCUCCUCGAGCUCCUACGCCAACACCUUCAAGGCAAGGUGACAAUCGAGGAAGAGCCCGAGACUGGCGUCCUCGAGAGCGCCGAGUAUGUCUACGAUUCUUGCAUCGAUGUUGCUGUCGACAUGCGUGCCUCAAAGAAGGCCGCCGAAACGAUAUACCAGCAGAUGCAGCAGAAGAGCUACUCAACUGCAACCUGGUCCGAGCAUGAACUCCAUCCCAAGGCCAAGGACGAGAGCACAGUCAACUUUAUCUUUACCAUGGAUCUUCUAAACUUUUCUUUCUGGUCUGAGCUACCUGAAGAUGAGAGGUUUGCAAUUGAGUAUCGCGGCAAGAGGUGGACUGGGUACUGGAGUUUGGUUGCGGCACUACAAAGGGCUCUUGAUGAAGAGGAGAUCCCCCUCCUUCAUGAGCGCCUUGACUGUCUUCGAGAGGCCGGCCAAGUUCUCGAUCAGAAUUAUGGUGGCUCCAUUCCAGAGCUUAUCUACGCUGCCGAUGGUUCCGCAGCACGUCUCGUCAACCUUCUAGCCCAAGACUUUGACUGUUUCCGUGACGAGCACCGCUUUGAGGACGGCAAGAUGAUCCGUCUCAUGAAGCGGGCUCAGAUCCUCGUCGCCGAUCUAUGGGCCUGCUUCAACGGCGAGUCCUACGGCGAGUUCCGUGACAUUGACAAGAUCACCAUGUUUGCCGACUACCGCAUCCCCCAGAUCCUCAUGACUCUGGGCGCGCUGUACUGCUGUCCUGCGAUUGCUGCCGCCAUCACAGACAAGAAAAUGAUAGAGAGCGGAUGCUCCUGGGAGUUACAGAUCCGGGCAUGCAGUAUCUGGUGCGUCGAGUUGAUUCGACGAGAGAUUCUACGCCAACACCCAGACGCCCACGUCAACGCCAUCCUGAUAGACUUUUUCCUCUAUGACAGCAUGAAGGAGUUAGAAGCUGCCGGCGAAGAACCUAUUCCUCAUCAUCGGACAAGGAGUAUAUGGUACUAG